GAUAAAACUGUGCGGAGCCGCGAGCGUCACGUCAGUUCUGUAGUGAGUCAAGUGCAGUGUACUUAGUGCUCGGUUACUGGUUACGGUCCUCACACGAGUAUACAGCAUGAAGACUGAGGAGCGAAACUCCGCUAACCUCCCCAGAGUCCGUAUCGCUGUACUCGGCAUGAUCAACGUCGGUAAAUCAGCCUUGACUGUGAGAUAUCUGACCAGACGCUACAUCGGGGAAUACCGAUCCAACACAGACUUACUAUACCGCCAGACUGUCACCAUCAACAGCACACCUGUGGAAGUGGAGAUCAUUGACGUCUCUGGAGAUUCGCGAGACGCAAGUUUUCCCACUGAGCAGGUGCAAUGGGCUGAUGGCUGUCUGAUCGUUUACGCCAUCACGGACAGGAAGUCCUUUGACUACGCCAUGGAUACUCUGGACAACUUGCAGAAAUUAAGGGCCAACAACAGUUUGCCCACCACCCUUCUGGCCAACAAGGCAGAUCUGGAGCAUCUCAGAGAGGUGAAAGAGUGUGAAGGCCGAACUGCUGCCAUCCAAAACGGCUGCCAAUUCUUCGAGGUGUCGGUUGCCGAGAACAGCUCCGACCUCUACCAAGCAUUCGAACUUCUUCUGAACGAGUCCCGGCAACAAGGAGCCAACAAGACGAGGAAGUUCUCCGUGUCGAAGAUGAUCGGCACUCUGAUCGGCAGCGGGAACAGCAAAGAGCAGAAGUUGACGCAGGGAGGGACGGUGGUCGUGUGUCAUAAGUCCGACCUGCACAAGUGCGACCUGCACAAGUCUCGUGUCCUCAAGCGACGACAGAACUUCACGGCCACAGCGUCUCUGUGACUGGCCGGAUCUCUGGGCGGCGACACCACCGCUACGCCCUGACUGACCAAUCGGAGAGCUGUCCGGAAGACACUUUCGUUCCCGUGAUCACUGCCGACGCGCGCUAACUCUUCCUUUGGGAAUGGAGUUCCGCUGUGAAUCGGCCUAUGGGAGAAUUUCUUUUGGAGGAUUGAAGAUUCGCUCCAUGAACAUUCUCGGUGUGUUUGACCUUGAGGACGACUUCCUCAGCAAGAAUGAAGAUCCACUCCAUAAACAUUCUCGAUGUGUUUAUGUGUGAGUUUCAUGUUGGAAAUGUGCCAUCUUCCUCAAUGUUACGGAAUCCACGGGAUGACAAUGUUGUUGGGUGCGAGAGAAGCUUCCUCUCUGAGCAUCCAUUUUUUCUAAUAAAAUGUAGAUCUUAUGCUUACCAACACGCUACUUAGGCUACUAAUCUGUUUAACCAGUUACCACAUUCCCACUUGUUUUCAGUGCUUACUAGUUCACUUAUCAAAUACGCAUUAAUAAGUGGAACACAAUACCAUUUAAUGUAAUAUAAAAUUAUUGAAUUGUCAAAUGUCAUCCUGUGGAUUAAAAAAACCAGAUCCUGGACUUAAGCAAGCUGUGAAAAUGUGUUAAAUAGAUACUUAGCAUAUUGUUGUAGUAUAAAUGAUAAAGCUAUAUUUUACUGAAUAAAGUCAUUUUUUAUACUCUUGUUUACUAUUUUUUAGUUUUUUUAGUAAUUAAUUAGAGAUUUUUACGAAAUUUAUAAUUUGACUGAGAUUGUGACAAUAGACUGUAUUGUACAACUUUCUAUUCAAAGACUGUCUUGAAAAUUUAAUAAAAUAGUUUGAACGAUUUUAAAAACGCUUUAAAAGUAAAAUAACAAAUUUAAAUGUAUUUUUUUAAUUGCAAGAAAACGUGUUUUAGUCUGUUGGACAGAUUUGGUGAAUGAUGGGUGGACAUUAAUGUGUUACCUGAUCUCUUAUUAUUCAGUUUAAUAUUUAAUAAUUGUCUGUAUUUUCGUUUUGUAAAAAUGCAUAUUAGUUACCAAAUAGUUUUAUCAAUUAUAAAGAAUAUUAUUAUCUCAAAUCCUUUGUUAUUGAGUCUUUUAUUAGUAGUUUAAGAGUUUUAUAAGUGAGAAAGGCAAAAGUAAGGUUUUUACAAAUAGAAGUAUAAAUUAAUGCAUGGUUUAUUUCCCUCACAUGAAAUGAGACCAAAGCAAUCAUACUAAUGAAAAGAUCGAUAAUUCUUUGUCAUCAGCGACAAAUGCUGAAAUAAAUAAAUACGAUGAUAAACUAUUCUACUUAUUUUACUUUACAUCUACAAAACGUUCGUCUUGAUUAUUUUUAUUGAAUGCCUUUGGUACGAAUUUCACUUGACCUUACUUUUGUCCUCCCUGUACAUAACUUAUUUUUGUAAAUGGAGAUAAACUGAUGGGUGCUUUCCUUUUUACCAAUUUCAAAAGAGACUCACAAUAAAAUUCAAUUUUGAAACGUUUACUUAUAAACGAUUAGGUGUUCACAUCAGCAACCGAUAGAAUCUCAACAAAUAGUAUGCACUUUAUGCUGGAAAGACCCAUAAAUGAUAUCUUAAUGGCUGUGAUUAGUUUUUAUUAUGUACACUGUACAGAACCUAUUGUUUAAGAUUUGUAAAUUUUUAUAAAUGUUUGACAAAGCAAUUGUAUGUUUUAUAACAAAAUAAAAGUAUUUUAUAUGAA